UUCCACCAGCUCGUCGAUGAUCGUUGUAUCGCGACAAGCAGUCUCAGAAACCCAAAGUCUGUACGUGACCCUUCAAAGUCGGUUGUUGAUCCUUGUGUCUUUAGAAACGAGACUUCAACCACACACAGACAACUAGAUCCAUCAUGCUCGUCCACCCUCAUCGACAAUAUACGAGAGUGUAAGUCGGGAGUACCUUUGACUUGGUACACGACUUUUCUUACCGGUGGGUUACAUCACCUCUGAAAAUCUGUCUGCCUGCCUGCCUGUCCUUCCAACCUCUAUCACCGCCUCGCUACGCCUCGCCACAACCAUGACCUCCUCACCGAAACCGUCCACGACCACAACCGCGGCAGCCGCUGCACCCAUCUCACAUCCCGCACACAAACUCCUCUCCCGCGCCCACUCUCCAGACACGGCGACGCGAAUUCUCACCGACAAGGUCCGGAACAAGCCACUGUUGUUGCAACCCACGUCCUCCGCCGACAGGGACAAACGUGCUUUACGUCGACACAUUCGCCUCCGCAAGAAGGAAUACUACCUGCGCAAACGGAAACCUCGACCGCUCGGCGCAAAGGAGAAGCGCGAUAUGGGAGUGUUCGAGCUUCACAAGGACGAGAUCAAGUAUGACGUCUACAAAAACUUGCACGACAUGUGGAACGCAUAUAUGCUCGAGGUUUUGGGUUACACCAAGGACGGGAAGGUGGUGGAAGGUAGGCUCGACAAGAAACUCACGGCGCAGAGUGCGGGCGGGCUCCUGGCCAGCGCGGAUUUCCACGGCGCCACGCUCCAAGUCGUCAGCGCCACCGACGUGGGCAAGGUCGGGAUCGAGGGAAUCGUGGUCCGCGACACAAAGUACACUUUUGUCCUCGUCACCAAAAAGGACAAGGUGAAGACGAUCCCGAAGAGGGAUUGUGUUUUUCGAUACCAGGUCGAGUUGCCUCCGCCGCGGGAGGGGCCAGGAGAGACCGCGGAUUCACCGGACGAUGUACAAUCUCGGCUUCAAGAGAAAUCAAAAAGUACCGGUCAAGUCGACGAUCGGGAGACUGAGAAUAAACCAAAAAGCUUGACUUUUGAAGUUCAUGGGAAUCAAUUCGAAUUCAGACCGGCCGAUAGAGCCAGUAGGAAAUUCAAGUGGAAGGUGACAGAUUAUUUAUGAUAUCACACACACAAAGCAUGGCAAGCCUUUUUUGUUACGAGUCUUCUCUCUGUCUAUAUUGAAUGCGAAGCAAUGGCGCUGGUUUUAGGGAUAAGUAGGAAACGCAAUGAACAUGUGUCAAUGAGGAAGCAAAUUACAAAAAAACUACUGCUUAAGAAUAUGAACGCUCACGACUA